GAAGGCAGACUCAGAUUUUGUGUAGUCCUCAUACAUUGGAUCUAAGGAACAUCUACUGAAAACAAUGAAGAUUGCUUUAAUUGCACUCCUUGUUGGAGUUUGUGGUCUUGCCUUAGCAAUUCCAACACGCAUACCAGUUCCAACUCAAUCAGUCUAUCGUGGUAUACAUGGAAAAAUUGCGGAUAAAGUAAUUUUACAAAGACAAAAAGAUCUCUUAAGGCUUCUCCGUCAUGUACAUCAACCAAACUCAUUCAAGGACCAAGUGGAAAUUGCAAACACAUUUGACAUCGAAGCAAAUAUUGGUUUAUUCACAAAACCUAUUGUUGUAAAAGAAUUCAUUCAACUUUACCGCAUUGGACUCUUGCCACACAAAGAAAUUUUCUCUGUGUACAAUGAAGUUCACCGUCGUCAAGUUAUUGCACUUUUCCAUUUAAUGUACUACGCCAAUACCUACGAAACAUUCUACAAAGUAUGCUGUUGGGCUCGUCAAUAUAUCAACCCUGGUAUGUACGUAUAUGCAUUAACCGUCGCUGUACUCCAUCGUCCAGAUUGUCGUGGAUUAGUUUUACCAGCACCAUAUGAAAUCUACCCAUACUACUUCGUCAAUCAUGAAGUUAUUAAAAGAGCGCAAGAACUUAAACAACAAAAUUUUGCAUACUUAAAACCAGAAGUACAACAACGUUUAGUUAGCUUCCUUGAAAGUGCUAAAACCUACAAACCAGAAAUCUACCAAGACAAGAGCUACAUCAGUGGUUACAAAUCAGAUAUUUACCAAGGUAAAGACUACGUUCAACAGCCAUACUUUGGAUACGAUGUAAAAAAUCAACAAUACUAUGGUGAUGUGCCAUAUUACGGUCAACAAUAUCAACAAUACCCAUACAAAACAAACAGCUAUUACAGUCAAAAGCCAUCAUUCUUAAAAGAUUACGUUCAACCAUUGAUCAACAAACACUACUAUGAACAAGUCCCAUCAUCUGUUUAUGGACAAGUCCCAUAUGGUCAACAAUCAAUCUAUGGACAAUACCCAUAUGUACAAAAAUCAUCAAUUUAUGGACAAUACCCAUCUUACAAAUCUUAUGAUUAUGUUCCAAACUACUACGAAUCACAAGUUUACCAAGACAAACCUUAUUAUGGACAAAGACAAUACGAAAGCUACGAACAAAAACCAUACGUAUCUUACGGACAAAAGCAAUACGAAAGCUACGAACAAAAACCAUACGUAUCUUACGGACAAAAGCAAUACGAAAGCUACGAACAAAAACCAUACGUAUCUUACGGACAAAAGCCAUACGAAAGCUACGAACAAAAACCAUACGUGUCUUACGGACAAAAGCCAUACGUUUCAUACGAACAAAAACCAUACGGCUAUGAAAACGAACACUAUGAAAGUCAAUAUUUAAACGAAGACUACGUACAAAAACCAUACAUCAAAAGCCAAUACUACGGAAAAACACCAUACACAUCAUACGUACAAAAACCAUACCACUUUGGACAAAAUGUACCAAGUUACUACCACAAUGUCGAACAAUACCCAUAUGGUGAUUUAAUUCAUACCGUUGAAGAUGGCGUUGAUGUUGUUUACAUUCCAGCAAACUACACAAGCUACAGAUACGUAAGCCUUGACAAAGAACAAUACUUACUUUCAUACUUCACUGAAGAUAUUGGCUUAAACUCGUAUUACUACUAUUUCCAUGCCGAUUAUCCAUUCUGGAUGACUGGUGCCGAAUAUGGAUUAAACAAGGAUCGUCGUGGUGAACUUUUCUACUACACACACCAACAAUUACUUGCUCGUUACUAUUUGGAACGUUUAUCAAAUGGUUUAGGUGAAAUUCCAUGGGUGAAUAUUGAUGAACCAGUUGAACAUGUCUGCACUUUACAAUACGAAAAUGGAUUACCAUUCCCAAUUCGUCCAGCUCACACAGAUCUCAUUUACGAUGACUACACAAAAUACACAUAUGAACGUAUGAAUAUCCUUGAAAAACGUAUCCUUGAAGCUAUUGACUUAGGCUAUGUAUUAGAUGUUAGCGGAAACAAAGUACCACUUUACACUCCAGAAGGAACUGAAAUUCUUGGAAACUUAAUUCAAGGCAAUGCUGAUUCAGUAAAUCGUCGUUAUUAUGGACAUCUCAUCAAAUGGGCUAAAGUACUUUUGGGCUACUCAGGCAAACCUUUAGACAACUACAAAUUACAACCAAGUACCUUAGAAUUAUACGAAACAGCUUUACGUGAUCCAAUGUUCUACCGCAUUUACAAACGUAUCGUCGAAUACUUCUUAUACUACAAAAAGAAUCUUCCAUCAUACACCUACAAUGACUUAGUAUACCAAGGCGUUAAAAUCGAUAGCGUAUUUGUUGAUCAACUUGUAACAUAUUUUGAUUAUUUCAACAUUGAACUUAACAAUGCUUUGUACAACGAUUACACAGUUGAAAGUGAUGUACCAAAAGUUCUUGUUAAGGCCAGACAAUUACGUCUUAACCACAAACCAUUCAACUACAAAAUCAACGUCUCCAGCGACAAAACAUCAAAAGUUGUUGUUCGUUUAUACUUAGGACCUAAAUACGACAGUUAUGGAAACAUUAUUAACAUCGCUGAAAACCGCAUUAACUUUGUUGAACUGGAUAAAUUCGUGUACGACUUACAAUCUGGACAAAAUAUAAUUGUACGUGAUUCCAGAGACUUCCAUCACAUUGUACAAGACCGUACAUCAUACUACGACUUAUACAAAAAAGUAAUGCUUGGUCUUCAAGGAUCUGAACCAUUCAUCUUCGACAAUAGUGAAGCUCAUUGUGGCUUCCCACAACGUCUCCUUUUACCUAAAGGUUCUGAAAGUGGUGUACAAUACCAAGUACUUGUUGUUAUUACUCCAUACCAAGGUUCAUACAGCGAAUUACAAGAUGAACAAUUCUGGUACACUUGCGGUGUAGGAUCCGGUGCACGGUACAUUGAUAACUUACCAUUAGGUUAUCCAUUAGACCGUGAAAUUGUUGAUGAAAGUCAAUUCUAUGUUCCAAACUUGUACUUCCAAGAUGUUGUCAUCUACCAUCAAGGAAUUGUUGAGGAUAUCAACCAUCCAACUGUUGUACCACGUGUACCAGUACAUUACUAGACCAUUGUUUGAAUGUCACUUUUUUUAUGCUAAUAUUUUGAGUUUAUAAUUUUGUUUUUUU